AUGAUCCGCCGGCGCUCCGAGAGUAAGCAGACCCAGCGCGACACCAGCGCUGCAUCAGCCUCAAAGGCCCCGCCUUCCUUAAACCGCUCCAUAUCCGGCGCAGUGGCGUUCGCAUUGCCUGUACUGGGGACCACAGCAGCCGCUAAGCGAAGGCCGUUGCAGUCGCAGCAUCUUGGACUCGCAGCGCUGGACGCCGGUUAUUGCUGCCACGAGCCCAUGCAGCUGCAUCUGAAUGUGGAUCGGCGACUCGACCGCCAUGUUGUCUGUAGCGUCCUGGAGAAUGCCACGGGCCAAUUGCUGUUUGAAGUGCACGAAAAGCCGCUGUCGUUGCAUCGCCAGCGCUCUCUAUUGGACAUGACUGAAGUGGCCGUGGCCACCAUCCGCAUGAGCGCGUUUUGUCGCCGCAAGGUAACGUACUCGUCUUCACGAUGGCGCAGAGUAGACUGGAGAUGGUGUUCAUGGACAUCAUGA